GCUCGCGCGUGCCGAUAAGGCGGAAGUAACGUCAGGGCGCGGGUGAAAGGUCGGCGGAGUGGGAGGGGUUUCCUUUUCCGCCGCGGCGCCAUCGGAGCGGCUGUGCUGAGAUGGGCAAGUUUAUGAAGCCAGGGAAGGUGGUGCUGGUGCUCGCCGGCCGCUACUCGGGGCGUAAGGCUGUCAUCGUGAAGAACAUCGACGAUGGCACAUCCGACCGGCCCUACAGCCACGCCUUGGUGGCAGGCAUCGACCGCUACCCGCGGAAGGUGACAGCGGCAAUGGGCAAGAAGAAGAUAGCAAAGAGGUCUAAGAUCAAGUCUUUCGUGAAAGUUUACAACUACAACCACCUGAUGCCCACCCGGUAUUCUGUUGACAUUCCCCUGGACAAAACUGUUGUCAAUAAGGAUGUGUUCAGGGACCCUGCUCUGAAACGCAAAGCAAGACGUGAAGCUAAGGUGAAGUUUGAGGAGAGAUACAAGACUGGCAAGAAUAAGUGGUUCUUCCAGAAGCUGCGAUUCUAAAUUUGAAAUAGGACUGUUUCAAUAAACGUUUAUUAAAAACCA